UCGCGCUACUCGGUCUGGUCCCGCCUAUUCCCUGCUCCCCGGGACCUUUAGGCUUGUCUUGGCCCGUUUGAAGACCAGGAAGUUGAUAAAUCGCGAGGCCGGCUGCUGAGAGACGGUGGCUCGGGUGGGACAGUCGCCAGGGAUGGCGGAGCGUGAGGAUGGAGCGGGUGUCCGGGCUGCUCUCCUGGACGCUGAGCAGAGUCCUGUGGCUCUCGGGCCUCUCUGAGCUGGGAGCUGCCCGGCAGCCCCGGAUCAUGGAAGAGAAAGCGCUAGAGGUUUAUGAUUUGAUUCGAACUAUCCGGGACCCAGAGAAGCCAAAUACUUUAGAAGAACUGGAAGUGGUAACGGAAAGUUGUGUGGAGGUUCAGGAGAUAAAUGAAGAUGACUAUUUGGUUGUUAUCAGGUUCACGCCAACGGUACCUCAUUGCUCUUUGGCCACUCUUAUUGUUGGAAAUCUACAUUUCUGAAGGAUCCCAUUCAACAGAAGAAGACAUCAACAAGCAGAUAAAUGACAAAGAGCGAGUGGCAGCCGCAAUGGAGAACCCCAACUUACGGGAGAUAGUGGAACAGUGUGUCCUUGAACCUGACUACUAGCUGUUUUAAGAGCAACUGAACUGCAGUUGUUUGAUAUAUUUGUUUAAAUUCUUUGUAAAAUGUAAAAACUUAUGUUUGAUACAUAGAUGAUUUGUACCUCAAAGCAUUUUUUUAAAGGGUGAUUUACAAGCAAGAUUUAAUUAAAAGGUAAUAGUUGGUUCAGUGAUAACAUUCUCAGGAUUUGUAACAAUUAAAUGAUCAGACAAAAAUAUUUUCUAGGUAUUAUGUGUAAGGUGAGUUGCUAUUUUUCUGAUGCCUAUCCUGAUACAACUACUUUUCAUGUCAAAUAUUUACCAUGCCCCAAUGUAUUCCAUUUAAAUCAUUUCUCUGUAAAAUAAACAGCGAUGAUUCUUAUAA